UAAAUUCCUUCUGCUUUCAUUUCAGAUGAGGUCUGUAUCUGUGGAUCUAAAUAUUGACCCUUCACUGCAGAUUGAUAUCCCUGAUGCUCUCAGUGAAAAAGACAAAGUGAAAUUCACAGUCCAUACUAAGACUACACUGCCAGUUUUUCAGAGCACAGAAUUCUCAGUUACAAGACAGCAUGAAGAUUUUGAGUGGCUGCAUGACACAUUUAUUGAGACAGAAGAGUAUGCAGGACUAAUUAUUCCUCCAGCACCUGCAAAGCCUGACUUUGAUGGCCCCAGAGAGAAGAUGCAUAAGCUUGGGGAAGGAGAAAUGUCUAUGACAAAAGAGGAAUUUGCCAAAAUGAAGCAAGAGCUGGAAGCGGAGUACCUUGCGGUCUUCAAGAAAACCGUAUCGUCACAUGAAGUCUUCCUUCAGCGAAUUUCUGCCCACCCUCUUCUCAGCCAAGAUCACAACUUUCAUGUCUUCCUUGAGUAUGAUCAGGAUCUAAGUGUUCGGAGGAAAAACACAAAAGAAAUGUUUGGUGGCUUCUUCAAAAUUGUGGUGAAGAGUGCUGAUGAGGUUCUGUUCUCUGGGGUUAAAGAAGUAGAUGAUUUCUUUGGACAAGAGAAGAUGUUUCUUAUAAACUACUACAACAGAAUCAAGGAUGCAUGUGCAAAGGCAGAUAAGAUGACAAGAGCGCAUAAAAAUGUUGCAGAUGAUUAUAUUCAUACUUCGGCUUGCUUAAAUAGUCUGGCUCUAGAAGAACCAACUACCAUUAAAAAGUACUUGGUGAAAAUUUCUGAGCUCUUUGAGAAACUCCGGGUAACUUUUAUUUUAUUUUAUUUUUUAUUUAAAACAUUUAUAUCCCACCUUUCACCAAAAAAUAAUCCAAGACAGUAACAUCCCUAUUAAAAGCAAUCAAAACAUUUAAGAUUGUAUUAUAAAACAUGAGUAGCAUAAAACAGCAAGAUAAAAAUGUAAUCUACAGAAAAAGCAGCAGGAGACAAAACAAAAAACUACAAUUGGCACAUGUCAUCAGUAUAAAACCAUAUCGGUCAGAAGUCUUUCUAAAAUGGAAGGUAUUUGCCAUCUGACAAACUAUUGUAAGGGAGGGGUCAGCAUUC